UAGCUCUGGUAGGGUGUUUUACAUCGGAACGCUUGGCUUAUAGCUGAUGUAUUGUAGUAUUUAAAUGCAUCCCUUUCGAGGAAGAGAGUCCGUUUCGCGUUUUAAGUUGUGCUUAUGAUGAAAAUGAGCUGAUGCCUUUCAGGAGUCCACGGGAGCAGAGUUGGCUUACUGCUGGAGUCAGAAUUGGCUACAGAGAGGAUACUGUGCACUGGUGUGCUCUUAAUUAAAACGGGUUAAUUAAAACAAUGGAAGCACUCCUCCAAGAAGAUUUGGCGACCUUGUCUAAUCUGGAUGAGAAAAGUCUUUUGGAAUCCCUUGAUCAGCGAUUCAAGAAGAACAAAAUUUAUACUUACAUUGGGGAUAUCCUGGUGGCGAUAAAUCCCUUUAAAUACCUGCCACUUUAUGAGAAAGAGGUGUCAGAGAAGUAUAAGUGCCAUGAGAAGAACUCUCUGCCCCCCCACAUCUUCGCUGUGGCGGACCGCGCGUACCAGUCCAUGCUGGGCCGUCUGGCCACGGGACCCAGGAACCAGUGCAUUGUCAUCAGUGGGGAAAGUGGCGCUGGGAAGACGGAGAGCACCAAGCUGCUGCUGAGGCAGAUCAUGGAGCUGAGCAGGGCCAACUCCCAGCUGGAGCAGCAGAUACUGCAGGUGAAUCCUCUCCUGGAGGCUUUUGGGAAUGCUCAGACUGUCAUGAAUGACAACAGCAGCCGUUUCGGGAAAUACAUUCAGCUGCGCUUCCACAACUCCGCAGUGAAGGGAGCCAAAAUCAAUGAGUACCUGCUGGAGAAGUCACGCGUGGUCCACCAGGACGAGGGCGAGCGGAACUUCCACAUAUUUUACUGUAUGCUGGCUGGCAUCUCGAAGGAGGACAAGGAGAUGUAUGGACUCCUAGACCCCACGCUGUACAGGUAUCUGAAUGGGACGUACGGCACAGAGGACAUGGUGCACCUCUGGAGCGAAAAGUACAAUCAGUUGUGCAACGCCAUGGAUAUGGUGGGGUUUGAGGAGCAGGAAAAGGUCGACAUGAUGACCAUCCUGGCUGGGAUCCUGUCCCUGGGGAACAUCGUGUUCGAGCCGACGGACGGCGAGAUGCUGAAGGUGACGGAGACGUCGUCGGGCUGGCUCAAAGCGACUGCUGGUCAGUUUGGCGUCCAGGAGGAGGAGCUUCUGCGGAGUCUGACCUGCACCAUGUCGAUGACCCGGGGCGAGGCCAUCCGCCGCUUCCACAACCAGCAGCAGGCCGAAGAUGCCAGAGACUCCAUUGCCAAAGUGGCCUACGGUAGAGUGUUCGGCUGGAUCGUCAGCAAGAUCAACGAGCUGCUGGCUCCCAACGUCGACCUUGAUGUUGAGCUUACUGAAAUCGGGAUCUUGGACAUCUUUGGGUUCGAGAAUUUCGCUGUGAACCGCUACGAGCAGAUCUGCAUCAACCUCGCCAACGAGCAGCUGCAGUAUUUCUUUAACCAUCACAUUUUCCUUAUGGAGCAGAAAGAGUACAAAGAGGAGGGGAUCGAGUGGGAGACGAUUGCUUUUAAGGAUAACAAGCCUAUCCUGGACCUCUUCCUCACCAAGCCCUUUGGGAUUUUCUCUCUCCUGGACGAACAAAGUGCCUUUCCUCAGGCUACAGACAAAGACUUCGUUGACAAGCUAAACAGCAAAUUUAAAGGCAACCCGCACUUUGAGGUCGUUCGCAGCCACAACCCCCUGUUCACUGUCAUUCACUACGCCGGAAAGGUUCAGUACAAUGGCAGUGGCUUUCUGGAGAAGAACCGGGACACGAUUCCUGCCAGUAUCCGCGGCCUCUUCAUCAACAGCGUCACUCCCCUGCUCAGCGUCCUCUUCGCAGCCACAAUCUCCAGGACUGGAACCUUGAUGCCACGCAAAGCCAAACUCUUACAAGCUGCUGAUGACAACUUUAACUCAACCAGGAAACAGUCUGUUGGAGCUCAGUUCAGGCACUCCUUGGCAGUCCUGAUGGAGAAGAUGUUCGCCGCCAACCCGCAUUUUGUGCGCUGCAUCAAGCCCAACACCAACAAGCAGCCCGACCAAGUGGACAGCAAAAUCAUGAUGGAUCAGUUGAGGUACAAUGGCUUGCUGGAGACCAUUCGGAUACGCAGAGAUGGGUUCUCCUGGCGACCGUCCUUCAAAGAAUUUGCACAAAGCUACAGCAUCCUCCUGCUGAAGCCAGAUCUGCCCUUGAACAAAGAAAGCUGCAUGUCAAUUCUGAAUAUCACUGACCUCCAUGGAUGGAAAUGUGGAUCCUCUCGUCUGUUCUUUAAGUACUGGCACCAAGAGGAGCUGGCUAGACUGCUGGAGAAACUUGGGAAGGCCGCACUGGUCCUCCAAAAGAACUACCGGGCGGUGAGCUGCCGGCGGAGGUACCUGGCCCUGCUGGCAGAGGUGCGGAAACAGAGGCAGGCGCAGCGCGAGCGAGAGGAGAGGGAGGAAGAGGAGAGGAGGCAGCAGCUGCUGGAGGAGGAGAUGAAGAGGCGUCUGGACGCCGAGCGGGAGAACAAGAGGCCUGUUUCACCGCCCGUACCGUUACCGAGGAAGAAGAAGCCUCAGCCCAGACCUCGCUCCAUUCUGCCAGGAAGUCCCAAGGCUGUCCAGUUGGCCCCUGUCCCCCGGCCACGCAGCAAGCAGUUUGAGGCCACACCCUUUGACAACGACCUGCAUGUGAACAGUAACCUCGCCUCCCAUGUGGGCCAGCCGGAUGGGGAGGAACGGGCCAAAGAAAAGCACAAGAAGAGGAGGAACACCAUCCGCUGGUUCAAGGAGACGCAGGCCAGGAAGGUGGUGCGGAAUGGAGCCUUCCCCUGCUGGUUCCACGGCAUGAUCACGCGCAGGCAAGCUGAGGACCUCCUGACAGACAAGCCCGUUGGCUGCUUCUUGAUUCGAGUCGGGCAGAGCCGGGAGGGUUACACGCUAACGUACAGGGCCAAAGACCGCUGCAGACACUACAUGAUUGAGAUGCAGACCAAUGGCAAGUAUGUUAUCCUGGGGGAGGACCGGGCACACCCCUCGCUGCCUGACCUGGUGGAGUACCACACCCGAGUGGGCAUCAAACCCUUCAUGGAGCUUCUCACUGUGCCCUGUGGACAGAUGUGUGACCAGGAGCCAGACUAUGAAGAGCUGAAGAACCCAAUGCUGGCACCAUCAUGGGCUGACAGCAGCCAUGGCCCCGGGGAGGAGGACUCUGGGCCAGACCAGGUGCAUCUGGAGCUGCAGCGGCUCUUUGUCCCACCGGGUCAGAACCCGAGCCUGGAGGCUCAGAAGCCCCCAGUGUUGAGGAGGAUCUCAGACCGUAGGUUCCGCGCCGAGAGCGGGGAAAGCCGAAACUACCUGGCGGGUGCAGAUCAUGAGGAGGACCCGGCUACAAAGGGCAGGCCCUUUCCUCGCCUCUACCCCUCCAUCCGACUGGCCAUGAGGGAGAUCCAGCAGAUCCAACAGCACUUCUUAGCCAGCCAGGAGCAGUGUCCUUCCUUUCCCAGCACCAACUGGAAAACUGCAGAUGCAUAACACAAGACAAAGAUUUAACCACAUUCCAUGAAGCUGCUACUUGUUGAAUUACAGAAACAAAAGGCACAGCAGAACUGUGUCCAUUGAAAACAUUUUUUCCGGGUUUUAACAGUAAAAAAUG